CAGGCGCAGCUGGGCGCAGCGAGCCCGCAGGAGAGCGCGGAUUUGGGUGUGUUGAAGGCGCGCAUGUCCAGCCGGCUGCUGCCCUUCCGCGACCCCAACGGCUUCCGCAAGCUCCUCGCUUUCGUGUCGGCUGCAGGCAAGGUGUUUGGGCUGCACAGCGGCGACGGCCACGUGCUGUGGAGCCGCAGCUUCGGCGCGGAUCGGCGGCCGACGCAUCUGGCGCGCUGGCGCACGUCGCACGACGCGGCGGCCGCCCCGGAGGUGCUCCUGCUUGGCAAUGUUCCCUCCGGCGGCAGCUCCUUCUUCGUCACCCUCAACGCGCACACCGGCGCCGAGACCGGCUCCGGCGAGCUCCCCUUCGAGGUCGCGCAGGUGAGCGCUCGCUGCUUCAUGCCUGAAACCACCCAAGUGUGGCGUGCGAUUGCAGCAGGGGCAACCAAGACAAAUGGCAUGUGGGAUCUGUGCAUUGAGUCUCUUGUGUGCGCGGGUGCAGGGGUGAUUGAGGGGUUUGCGGUGUCUGCGGCCGGCCGAGCCUCGCUGCUGUGGUCUGUAGCGUUCCCUCCUUCCACAGACGCCAUCCUGGCGACGGCCACCCCAGGCCUGCAUGACCCCGUCUACUCCUAUGCCAAAGUGCUGGGCGACCGCAGCCUGAAGCUAAAGUACCUGAACCCCAACACGCUGUUUGUGGCGACGGGGUCCCAGCCGGGGCAGGCCAUGGACGGCGCGCGACACAUCACUGCACACAUCUUUGACACAGUCACCGGCCAGCUGCUGUUCAGCCAGACCCACGAGGGGGCCAACGGCCCGGUGCAUGCGGUGCUGGCGGAGAACUGGGUGGUGUACACCUACUGGAGCGCGGCAGCGCACCGCUUCCAGGCAAGCGUGCUGGAGAUGUUUGAUGACUCGCCGCGCGACCUCGGCCCCGUGCAGCUGGUCUUCGGCGCCAACAAUGCAACUGUCUCCUCCUACCGCCCCGCCCAGCUGCAGGUGCUGGGGCAGAGCUACUUUGUGCCGUUUGCGCAUGGGGGUGUGUCAUUUCCCCAGAAUCACUGCCGAGGUAUUAUAUUCUGGGGGCAGGUGUACAUGAUGGACAAGCGCUUCUUCGACCCGCGCCGGCCGCUGGGGCCGCCCACGGCCGAGGACAAGGCGGAGAUGCUCAUCCCCUACGCGGCUGAGCUCCCUCUCGCUCCGCAGCUCUUCGCCACCCACGACCGCCUCGUCGCCAACCUCCGCGGCAUAGACAGCGCACCGGCAAAUCUGGAGUCGACCUGCUUUGCUCUGGCGCGGGGGCUGGACCUGUAUCUGACGCGGGUGCAGCCGUCAAAGACCUUUGACCUUCUACCGGAGGACUUCCCCUUCGCACUGCUGGUGGCCAUCACUCUGACCAUGAUUGGGGCCUCCAUUGCCCUCAAAUACAUGAGCGAGAGAGCCUCCCUGAAGCAGAAGUGGACAUGA